CGCGCGUCGCGGGCUGAGGCGGAGGGACGGGGCCAAGAUGGCGGCGCCCGUCCUGCUGCGGGUGUCGGUGCCGCGCUGGGAGCGGGUGGCGCGGUCCGCCGUGUGCGCCGCCGGCAUCCUGCUGUCCCUGUACGCCUGCCACCUGGAGCGCGAGAAGGGCCGCGACAGCCACUACCAGGCCCUGUGCGACCUCAGCGAGCGGGUGCGCUGCUUCGCCGCCAUCACCUCCAGAUGGGGUCGAGGAUUCGGUCUCUUGGGCUCCAUCUUUGGAAAGGACAGUGCAAUAAAUCAGUCAAACAGUGUUUUUGGCCUGGUGUUUUAUAUACUACAAAUGCUACUUGGUAUGACAGCAAGUGCAGUAGCAGCUCUAAUCCUCAUGACAUCCUCCAUAGUGUCUGUAGUAGGGUCCCUGUACUUGGCAUACAUUCUGUACUUCGUGCUGAAGGAAUUUUGCAUUGUCUGCGUGCUCACAUAUUUGCUGAACUUCAUUCUCUUUAUCAUCAACUACAAACGACUAGUUUAUUUGAACGAGGCCUGGAAGAGGCAACUCCAACCCAAACAGGAAUAACCCCUGCUGGAACUUUUGACUGACAGUCUGAAGACCCAACUUCCAUUAAGUUUAUUUUGCAGUAAUUUUUUUAUUCUCCAUAUCAGACACUUUUUGCCCCCCCUUUCCCCCACAAGAAUCAUAAUGGAAAUUUUGAAUGAUAAAUUUCAAGGGGCCCCAGAUAAUUUCUCUGUGCUAAUCUUCAGUUUCAAUGUGGUUAUGAAAGAAAGCUCUAUAACAAUCAAAGACAAGCUUUAACUUUACUUUGAAGGAGUUUUAGCCACAGCAAAACCUAGACUCUGUCUCUUCCCCCUCCACUUGUGAAGUGGGUAACACUUGCUAUAAAAUAUCCUGUAUAUAAAUUCAGGUAUAACAAGAUGUGAUCAUGACAUGAAAUACUCUAGACUAGCAUCACCAUAUUUAAUGUUGCCAUGUUUACAGUAAGUGUAUUUUUUUCUUUUUUUCUUUUCUUUUUUUUUCUUUUUUUUUAGCUGAUGGACUUAGAUUUGACUAGGACUUAUACUGUAAAUAAAAUUAGAACUCUUGGUUUCAUCCCUGGAGAACUCACUGUCCCAUUUGGUUAGGAGCUGUCAGAGGGUUCAGCUCAGAGUCGACUGACACGAUGGAAGAAGUGACCUCUAAAGAACAUGGAGUUGCUGCUCUCACUGUUGUGCUUUCACAAGAAUGAUGCUUGGGGUUGGUUCCAUUUUUUCUUCUUUUUUUUUUUCCUUUUUUUUUUCUUUGUCUCCAGUAACAAAAAUGGAAUUAAAGCUAAAACGUGAAGUAUGUUGAUUAAACGACAACCUCAUUAAUUUCUGUCCAGAACAAAAAUAGCUUCAUGUGGUCAAUGAAAAGCUGAUUUGCAGAUUGGGGGUUGGAUGAAGUGUUCUUUGAAAGGACUCCAUUUCCAAGCAGAGCUGUUCCAUUUGAAGCUGUGCUCAGCCAGCCAGUGUUACUAAUGUUUGAUGUUCUGUGAAUGCUGCAGUAUAGAAUUGCAAUUUGCAGUGGAAACCACUGAGUGAGCAGGAUAACCAAGCAGUGCACUGAAAAAGCAGUUCCUUAAUUGAUCUUGGUCAGGAUCUUUGGUUUGUGCUAUAUUGGGAAAUGAACUUUAGGCCUGACACACACACACAGAGAAGAUCUCUUGGAAGGGCAACCUGUUUAAUGGGAUAAGUAAGUCAAUGUGCUCCUGAAAAUGAAAUGUGAUACAGUGCUAUCAUUGCUCUUUCUAAGAACUAAUUGGGGAAAAAAAAAUUAAACUGCAGAUUUAAACAAAGGAACAAAAUUGUACACAUUGUUUCUGCACUCAGUAUUCUAAGGCUGAAUGUUAAAAGUGCCUUCUGUCUUCAAAUCUUAAACCAAAUACUUUGUGUUGAACUUGGCAGGCAGAAGUGUCCUUGCUUUAAAAAUGAACAAACAAAAUUCCCAGCAAACUUGCUGGGGAUAGAAGAGUAUUAAGAGAUCUGGUUUUAGUUUUUAGACUGAGAAGUGGUAGCAGUAUUGUUUUCAGUUUAAUUUCAAAGGUUGAUGUGAUUUGGAAAAGUGAAAUACUUGUGUUUCAGACUGUGUGACUCCAAAAUGUGUGGGUUCAGCUGCUGUCUGUAAUUGGUGCUGUGCUGCUUUUUGCCCUUGUCAGUUCAAAGUGUGAACAAUUCCAACUGCAUUUCCAUUUAUUUAAAGAACUAAUUUAACUCCUUUUAGCAUUUCCACUCUCAAACAUGAAUGUCACAGAGACACUUCCAUUGUAAGUGGAUUUUAAACACUAAGGAUAAACUUGACUGUGAAACGAGCAGUGUUUCCAUAGAGCAAAACAAGGUUGGAGAUGGAAUUCACAAAAUUAAUAUUUAAAUUACCACUGAAAUAAUUCUGGUUUGUACCAAGGGUAGAGGUGGAAACUGCUUUUCUGUACAGAGUUGUGUGGUGUGAGUAACAUCUGUUGCAUGUAACACUAAAUGACUUGUCCCUCGUCUGACAGUUUUAGCCAACAAUCCAUUAAAUGAGUUUUGUAUUGACCAGAGUAUAGUUAAAGCUUGUCUUGAUGUUUA